AUGCCUGAUGAUUUACGAAUCGGUGUAUGGAAUGUUGAUAACAAAGGAAUUUUAUGCGGGUGUGGCUAUCUCGAUGGUACCGAAAUUUCAGAAGCUAUGAGUUCUAUCAUACAUAUUAUACAGAAAGGUAUGGUACCACGUUUUUACGCGCCAGACAUAGAAAUCUGUGAGACUGUCAAUCACUAUACCAAAGAACCUGACCCAGACAGCCCACCCAGAAAUGCAUUAAUUGAAGCUGCCAGAAUAACUAGAUCAUGUAUACAACCACUGUGCGAAUGUGAAGCUUGUACGCAUAAAGCACUUGUACUCCCUGGAGGAUUUGGCGUUGUGAAGACGUUAAGUAAUUUUGCUCAAAAAGGCGCUGACUGUACUAUUCUUCCGGAUCUGGAGAAACUCAUUGAAGACUUUUCUUGUGCGAAAAAACCGAUUGCAACGAUGUGUAUAGCAAGUGUCCUAGUUGCAAAAGUAUUGAAAGGUUGUAAAAUCACGCUUGGACGAGAGAGUCCGUGUUCGGAGUGGCCAUAUGCGGAUGCUAUUAAAAAGGUCAGAGAAAUGGGUGCCAAAGUUGAAUUAAAAGGUGGAAAAGGAAUAACUCGAUGCAAAGAGUAUAAUAUUCUUAGUACGCCAGCCUGGAUGCGUCAAACUGCAACUUUUGCAGAAGUGCACUACUCCAUAGGAAAAUUAAUCACUAUGUUAAAAAAAUGCAUUAAACAAAAAUAACUUGUGUUAUUCGAAUAUCAGAAACUGUCACAUAAUGUUAAAAUGUUACAACUCACCAAUUUUAAUAAAUCUGUAGUAUACGAUGUAAAGUAUUAUUCCUAAAUAAUAAUUAUUAUCAAAGUCUACUUGCC